AUGUUGUCAUCGUUUCUUCUAAUUCCAUGCCUAACUUUUCUUGUGUUUUUGCUGUUCUUCUUUCGAUUCUGUACAACUUCCAAGAAACCAUCAUUUCCACCUGGUCCUAGAGGUCAUCCAAUAGUAGGAAAUCUUUUUCAGCUAGAUAGUUCAAACCUUCAUGAGCAGCUAUGGGAAUUCUCAAAGAGAUAUGGUCCUUUAUUUUCUCUUCAAUUAGGUUUAAGGCAAGCAAUAGUUAUUUGCUCUCCUAAACUGGCCAAAGAGGUAAUGAAAGACCAUGACUCUGAGUGUUGUCGACGACCUAGAUUACUUGGUCAGCAGAAACUGUCCUAUAAUGGGUUAGACUUAGCAUUUUCCCAAUAUGCUGAUUAUUGGAGAGAAAUCAGAAAAAUUUGUGUUGUCCAUGUCCUUAGCGCCAAACGUGUCUCAUGCUUUUCCACAAUAAGACAUUUAGAGGUGAAGAAGGUGAUGAAAAAAAUAUCCAUGCAUGCCUCAACUUCAGAAAUUAUAAAUUUCAGUGAUAUGAUAUUGUCUCUGAACAGCGCUAUUAUUUGUAGAAUUGCUUUAGGGAAAAGUUAUGAGCAAGGAACAGAAAGGAACAAGUUCGAUAGGUUGCUGAGUGAGUGUGAAACCAUGAUGAGUUCCUUCUUUGUUUCAGAUUAUAUUCCUUUCAUGAAUUGGAUUGAUACACUCAGGGGAAUUCAUGCACGUCUCGAACGGACUUUCAAGGAGAUGGAUGAUUUCUACCAAGAAAUCAUUGAUGAACACUUGGAGUAUUCUCAGAAAAAGACCCCAGAGGAAGAGGACAUAGUUGAUGUCUUACUUCAACUCAAAAAGCAUCAUUCGUUCUCCAUAGAUCUCACCAAUGAUAACAUCAAAGCGGUGGUCAUGAACAUACUUGUAGGAGCAACAAGUACGACUACGGCCUCAACAAUAGGGGCCAUGACUGAACUACUAAAGAAUGGAAACAUGAUGAAGAAAGUUCAAGAAGAAAUAAGGAGUAUAAGUGGUAAGAAAGAUUUCUUGGAUGAAGAUGAUGUUCAAAAGUUUCCCUAUUUCAAGGCAAUGGUGAAAGAGACGCUGAGAUUGCACGCACCAGCACCACUACUUGUACCAAGAGAAACAGGUGAAAAAUGCAUGAUAGAUGGUUAUGAAAUUCCAGCCAAGACAAUGAUAUAUGUGAAUGCUUGGGCUAUCCAUAGAGACCCUGAAGCUUGGAAAGAUCCAGAACAGUUUAUACCUGAAAGGUUUCUAAACAGCACUUUAGAUCUGCAAGGAAAAGAUUUUUGUUUCAUUCCAUUCGGUGCUGGUCGUAAAAUGUGCCCUGGUUUGCAUAUGGCAUUCGCCACAUUGGAUGUUAUACUUGCUAACCUUCUUUACUCCUUCGACUGGCAAUUGGUAGAAGGAACAGAAAGGAAUGAGACGGAUGCUAAAGUGUUGCCAGGACUUACACAGAACAAGAAGGAGUCUCUUCGUGUUUUGGCCAAGCGUCAUGUGUGA